UGCUUUGGACUGAUUUACAAACAUUAAAAACAAAAAGUGUAGUUUACAAAGAUCUCAACUUAAGAACAACUCUCAAGACUAAUUUAUAUGGACUGCAAACAUAAAAUCAAAAAUUAAACAUGACUGAACGCCAUACUGAGAAAAAGACUUGGACAUCCAAGCAAAAUUGGAUUAAGGAUGUGCUCAACAAAUCGGGCACGGAACUGCUGGAUAUAUCUAAAAAUAAAACAAAAGCAGCACAAAAGAAAACAAAUGAUAAAGAUUCAUCCACAACCAACAUGGUAUAUUAUUCCGCUAAUCAGCUGCUCAUAAAGACGGAGCAACCAAGUCAGACGCAGUUCUGUCUACAGACGCCACUCACAGCAACAAGCAGUGUUGGCCUCAAUGUGGCACCACCUAGCGGUCAGCAUGAGCAAUACGAGCUGCUGCAGACGCCACAGCAGCGACAAUUGCAGCUGCAACAGCAACAGCAGCAACAACAACAUCAACAGCAGCAGCAGCAACAACUUGCCAAUUAUCAAUUAAAUUUGCAACAACAACAACAACAUGAUAGUAUUACAACAACAACAGCAGCAGCAACGACAGCAACACAGCAACGUAUCAAAACAGAGCUGCCACUGUCAUAUGCAGCUGCCACGCCCGCCUCCGCCUCCACAGCCAAGGCGAUGCCUGCAUCAGCUGCGCCCGCUCGCAAGCCCAACAAACCUCAAUUCAAGUGCGAGCAGUGCGGCAUGACCUUUGGCAGCAAAUCCGCCCACACGUCCCACACCAAGUCGCAUGCCAAGAAUGCGGAGCUGGCCAUGGGCCUCAAGGGCAGCAGCAGUGGUAGUGGUGCCGUCAUGGCCGUCGCUAGCUCCAGCGCCAGCUCACAGCCCAUUGAGCUGAACGAGGCGGGUCUGCCGGUGGGCAUACCAAAGAGUCCGACGAUCAAGCCGCUGCCCAAUGUCGCAGCCGGCGCCGAUCCCUAUCAGUGCAAUGUGUGCCAGAAGACAUUUGCGGUGCCAGCGAGACUGAUUCGUCACUAUCGCACCCACACUGGCGAGCGUCCGUUCGAGUGCGAGUUCUGCCACAAGCUGUUCAGCGUGAAGGAGAACCUGCAGGUGCAUCGACGCAUCCACACCAAGGAGCGUCCGUAUAAAUGCGACGUAUGCGGCCGAGCCUUCGAGCACUCCGGCAAACUGCAUCGCCACAUGCGCAUCCACACGGGUGAGCGUCCGCACAAGUGCUCCGUCUGCGAGAAGACUUUCAUACAGUCCGGCCAGCUGGUCAUCCAUAUGCGCACGCACACCGGCGAGAAGCCGUACAAGUGCCCGGAGCCGGGCUGCGGCAAGGGAUUCACCUGCUCCAAGCAGCUCAAAGUGCACUCGCGCACCCACACGGGCGAGAAGCCCUACCACUGUGACAUCUGCCUGCGUGACUUUGGCUACAAUCACGUGCUGAAGCUGCAUCGCGUGCAACAUUAUGGGGCAAAGUGCUACAAGUGCACCAUUUGCGAUGAAACAUUUAAGAACAAGAAGGAAAUGGAGGCGCACAUCAAGGGCCAUGCCAAUGAGCUGCCCGACGAUGAGGUCGAAGCAGCAGCGGCCGCUGCCGUUGCAGCCGCCAAUGGCUCCAGCUCCAGCAUUGCCAGCAAUUCGGACAACAGCAACAAUUCGCCGCCCAGUUCGCCGCCAGCGGUGAAGAAACCGCGUCAAGCACGCAGCGCCAAGGCGACAGUCGUUGCUGCUCCGUUGUCGCCCAGCUCGGUGAGCUCUACGUAUUCCCAAGCCAGCAGCAUGGCAGCAUCGUCACCGCAAUAUAUGACGCCGCCGCAGGCGCUGCAAGAACCGGAUGCACUUAGUCGUGACAGCUGCGUGUCUAGCGCGCCAGCUGCGCCUUCCUACAUCGAUGAGGAGCUGCCCACAGAUCUGAGCAUGCAGCAGGCGCCGACGCCAGCGCUUUACUAUCCAGCUCAGCAUGCCAGCUUGCUGGAACUGCAGCCACAGCAGCCCAGCAGCAGCUCCUCGAACUCCAUCAAUCCAGCGCUGCUUGAGGCCGCCAGUUUGGCCAGACGCGAUCAUGACAUCGUUGUUGAGGAUGAUGAUGUGCAAACGGCUGCGCUGCAAAUGAUGCAGCUGCGACGUGGACAUGCUGCCACGCCCACGCCCACAGCACAGCCUACGCUGCAUGUCAGCGAUCUGGCGGCCAACUAUGAUGAUACGCAUGAAGCCAAUGUGCUUAUUGAGCAUUUCAAGCGCGGCGAUCUGGCGCGUCACGGACUACACAAAGGCUAUGCGCCAGUGCCCAAGUAUGAAUCUGCCCUGCCCAAUCCGGAUAUAGUGCGUCGUGUGGAGGCGGCCAUUGGUCUGCGUUCCAGCACCGAGUCGCCGGAGCGCAGCAGCUCGCCGGAAAGUGAUUCCUUAAUGAUGGCCGAUCGCAAUGUUAUGACUUUGCCGCUGCGCAAGCGCAAGCAUUAUAUGAAUGAAGCUGAAUCCAAUCCAAUCAAUAGCGCUGGCGAGGCACAGGCCACAGCUGCGGCUGCAGCAACUGCUGCUGGGGGGGAUGGGGGCAACAAGGUGAUGCGCAUGAGUUCGGUUAUACAGUUCGCCAAGGCAUCGUAGUGGGCGUGGCGCUCUAAGCAACCAAUCAGCAUAAAGACUGUUUAACAAAUUCUAACUGAAAUUAGUUUUACUUUGAGCUAAACACACACACACACAUACAUACAUACACACACACAGAUACAAACUUCAGUUUGUCUCUUUAAUUUAGCAGCAAGAAAUGCCAAAAGUAUUAUAAAAGAAUGCGAGAAAUUUGUUUAUUUAAAUUAACUAAUGUACUAUUAUGUUUAUAUAGUUAACUAUGUUUGCUUGAGCAUCAUCAAUUUUGUUGUUUGUUUCAUUUGUUUAAUUCUUGUCAAUUGUGUGCUUCUUCUUAUCUUUAAUUUCCUGUUUCGUUUGGCAUUAAGCGAAAUUGCAUCACACAAAUGUAAACAUUAAGGCGCAGCACGCCCUCAAAAAAAACCAUAAACAAUAAUAUUAUGAAUAAUUAUAUUACUUGCAUACCUCUUAAAACAAAAUUAAUUUAUGCUAAUUAAGGCCAUAUUGGCAGCAAAUACAUA